AGUCGAAAAAUCAUUCAUUCGGGUAGUGAUGAAAGACCCUUGUUUAAAGUAUGCUUGUGAAUUACAAAAGUGUCUUCAAGUGAAGAAGCUUUCCCGGGUUAAAAUUGGUUGGUCGCUUCUUCAGUCGACGGUCUCAUCUUCGCGACGAUGACAGGGAGACUUCACCUGUUGAUUUUGGUUGUAAUUUCGACUUUGCAAUGGUCGAAAGGAAGUCACCAUGAGCCGAACUUCAAACCGGGGAGAACAACGAUUGUUCACUUGUUCGAAUGGAAGUGGAACGACAUCGCCGAUGAGUGUGAGGUGUUCUUAGGACCUUAUGGUUACGGAGGAGUACAGGUGUCUCCCCCGAACGAAAAUGGAAUCGUUUGGCAACCGUUCUGGAACAAUAACAUAAAAAGACCUUGGUACGAGCGAUACCAACCUGUCAGCUACAAACUGAUCACCAGAAGUGGAGACGAAAUGCAAUUUACCGAAAUGGUCAGGCGAUGUAACAACGCUGGCGUCAGGGUUUAUGUGGAUACUGUGAUUAAUCACAUGACUGGUGAAAUCGGUGCUGGCACAGGAACUGGGGGAAGUUAUUUCGAUCCAAGCGUCCCAAAGUACGAUGGUGUCCCUUAUCGUCGUGAACAUUUUAACUCAAAAGACAAAUGUCCCACAUCUUCUGGAGACAUCGAAGACUACAACAACAAAAGAACAGUAAAAAAUUGCCAACUGUCCGGACUAAAGGACCUGGAUCUUGGACAAGAAUAUGUCAGGAAUAAGAUUGCAGAGUACAUGAACAAACUGAUAGCCAUUGGUGUUGCCCGGAUUCCGGAUAGACGCAGCAAACACAUGUGGCCGCAUGACCUAUCAGCCAUUUACAACCGUCUGAACAACUUGAAUUCUGUGUUCUUUGGUGAUGGAAAGAAGGCUUUUAUUUACCAAGAAGUCAUUGAUAUGGGCGGUGAAGCCAUCAAGGCGGACGAAUAUGUUAAUUUCGGCAGAGUGACGGAGUUCAGAUACGGAAAACACUUAGGUGAUGUCAUCCGAAAGAACCACAACCAGCAGCUGAAGUUCCUCCGCAAUUUCGGUGAAGGAUGGUCUUUCGUGGCCGGAUCCAAUGCGCUGACAUUUGUAGACAACCACGACAACCAAAGAGGUCACGGCGCAGGUGGAUAUGGCAGCAUCUUGACUCACAGGAACUCCAAGAUGUACAAAAUGGCAGUGGCUUUCAUGCUGGCGUGGCCUUAUGGACUUCCAAGGGUGAUGAGCAGUUUCUCGUGGCCUGAGAACAUUGUCAACGGCAAAGACCAGAAUGACUGGAUAGGGCCACCUCAUGACGAAAACUACAACAUCAAAAAUGUACCGAGGCACUCUGACUUGACUUGCGGAGAUGGAUGGGUCUGUGAACACAGGUGGCGACAAAUCUACAACAUGGUGAAAUUUAGAAACGUUGCUGGAUUCGACACUGUUCAAAACUGGUGGGAUAACGGAUACCAUCAGAUUGCCUUCAGCCGUGGAAACAAGGGUUUCAUCGUUAUUAACAAUGAAAAUCAUGCAUUGAACCAGUCCUUGAAGACUGGAUUGCCAGAGGGUACAUAUUGUGAUGUCAUAUCGGGUAACAAAGACGGCAAUCGAUGUACAGGUAAAAGCAUAACCGUGAACAGCUCUGGAUAUGCUCAAAUUCAUGUCGACAAUGCUUGGUCUGAUCCAAUGAUUGCUAUUCAUGUACAGGCGAAACUUUGAAGAGAUGUCAAAUUGAACAAGUGUGUGAAAGAUGUAUAAUAACUGGUACACAGCUGAACAAGUCUGAUAGUCAUUUGAUUUUCUAAUUAAAUAAGAUGACUACCUUUUUGUAAUUAUUGCAAACAAAGACAAAGAAUAAAUGUUUUGUACAUA